UUGUAUUAACGUGAUAUAACCCAUGCACCAGGUAACAGGAAAUGCCGGUUUCGCUGUGUCGGCCCUGGAAUCAUUGAAGAGCGGCUGCCAAGACGAGGCUUACAACAACCUGACGCUCUACACCAAGGAUGCUGAGGGCAACCCAUCGGAACCCCCCGCAGAUAUCGUAGAAAACCUUUGCCCUAACGAGUGCAGUAACCAUGGCAACUGCUCAAACAGCACUUGUAUCUGCGAAGAAGGUUUCACAUCACUAGACUGCUCCUUGUCAAUCAAUACAGUACCAGAACUUCUAGGGAUUCACGAUGGGGGUCUGUGUGACAUUAGAAGGAGGCCAUGCAAGAAGACCAACAUCUUUGGUGAUGGAUUUAUACCUUCAGAGAAUCUCACAUGUCACGCAAACGAAUUCAAGGUGUAUGGCAACAACUGGACACCAAACUCAUCACCACACGAGCUACAAGGCGAACAGUUUGACUUAUUUGGGGUCAAAUGCAGCCUUCCGGACCCUCCAACGAAGAUAGGGGACUACGACAAUCCCGGGACCCCCGCGGGAGGACUGUACAUUAGGAUCUCCAACAACAAGAUCGACGCAAGUAAGCAAAAGAUGAGGUUUAUAUCGUACGACUCCGUCUGUAUGAGGUGCAGCAAGACAGGCACUUGUGUCCUCAGGGUAUGUAUACGAACGCCCCCUUCCCCUCCCCCCCUGGGAAAUAUAUCCCGAAUAUCACCAGCUAUAAAAAGUGAUUGAAAAAUAUUCUAAAAAGUUCAGACUUAGAUUUAUGAAUUUGUUAAAGUGUGAGAGUUUGAUAUCAUCCGAGGGAUCUAGGCCUCGAUAACUCGACAAUACCGUUAACUCGAUUAAAAUUCUAUAGAAUGGUACCAUCUAUAACACGAAAACUAUUUUCCACCGAGUAAGGGACAGACCCCCCCCAUCAUUUUGAUAGAUUUACUAAUACCAAUAGACAGAAGGGAUUAACAAUCA